GCGCUUUAUAUCAUCUAAUAUAAAGCGGAUUGUGGUAGGGCUGUUAAGAAAUUUAGCUUAGGGUUUGGUUUGUGUAAGGCCACAGCUCAUGCUGAGUAAUGGGGGGCGUGUGUAUGCAAAUUCCUUGGAUCUGAUUGGUUGUUGGGGCCCCUCUUAAAGCUGCGUCCACCAUUUUCUGGUCACAUUUUUGCCUGGCGUUUGAACUGUGUGUUUCUAUCGGUUCCUGUCUGGCAAGAGAGCGUUCCUGGAUUCCUGGAGUCUGGUUGUGUAUCCCUGGACCCUGGGCAAGCUACGGUGGCGGCGUCGCAGCCUCUGUCCCCCAUGGCGACCAUUCUGGAACUGCCUGAGACCACCACGUCUGGGCCAGCUGACUCGUCGGAUGACGACUUCGUGGGGCCUUCUGGUGUUCUGAUGCCGAAUGCCUCUUCCACUCCUAUGGUGGUGCCGGCGCCCCCUCCCGUCAAACGACGAAGUGAGGGGAAGCAGCCUCGGCGCACCAGGAGGGCGAGGCAGGCUAAGGGCAGAGUAAGUGGGCAAGGGCAGGGGGGGCGGACGGGGGCCUCCUCUAAUGUUGUUGUUUCGCCCGUUGCUCCAUCCCAGACUCUUGCCGUCGCCUCGCGGCGCGAGGGGCUUUCGUCGGCAUCCGGCGAGGAAGCCCUCCCAGUGCCGGCUAGAGCGUCGAGUGGCGGAAAACGUCGUCACAAAAGUCGUUCCAGGAGGCGGGCAAAGAGGCGCAAGGACGAUACCUCGGCUUCGACCACCUCAGGUUCGUCCUCUAGCUCCGAGGGUUCUGAUCACUCUAUGGGGUUGUACUGGGCUUACGGGGAAGUGGAUUCUGGCCUUCCUCGUUGGGCCUGGGCUCGUCGAGCGAAUUCGCAUCGUGCUCGUUAUGGAGCUGUUCAAGAAUGUCUCGACGGAGAGUUGGUCCCGGAAACCACGGUUUCCACCAACAGUACUAGGGAUAUUAUUCCGGGCAGUCACUUGUCCUCUAAAUUGAGGUCUAGGAUAUUGGAUGGUAAAUAUGUAGACAUUUUUGAUUUAGCUCCACCAGAGGAGGUGGUCCCUGAGCAAGGAAACGCCCUCGUUGGUACUAAGAAGAAAGGCAGGGGGAGAAAGGUGGAGCGGACUUUCGAGCGUUGGCUCGAUUGUUAUCAAGUUUUUUCCGGGGUAGUAGUAGCGGCAUAUCCCCGCAGGGCUCUACACCUUAUCGUGUACCAGUCCAUCGUAAGGUCAGCAUAUAACAUGGCAGGGGAAGCGGCCGCAAUUGCUUAUGAUGAAAGAUUUCGCAGGCGGGCGUCAAAAAUUGACACCGCCCGCUUUGACAGGAAAGACUUGGACCUUUGGACCACGUAUGUGGCUCCGUCGGUUUCACGGAAACCCGCCGAGCAGCAAAGGGCUAAGACCCAGCCUUUUAAGGCGGCACCUAAAUUGCGCUGCUGGGAUUUCAAUAAAGGACUGUGUCAGCGCCCGCGGUGUAUUUAUGCGCACACUUGUGACCGGUGUGGCGGUAGCCACCCGGCUGUUAACUGCUAUGCGGGCCGGCGGCCCUUUCGUGGGGGUCGGGGAGGAUUCAGGCAGGCGCCAAGGGGUUCCGCCCCUGCCCUCCCCGCUCCCCCCGCAGCUUCCACAUCAAAGUGAAUUGCUUCAGUUAGCUUUUUCUCCCAUUAAGUUACCGGCCCUUAAACAUUGGUUAGCCUCCUAUCCCAAUAUUGAGGCGGCUGCAUAUCUUCGGGAUGGUUUCUCCUUCGGGUUCCGGAUUCCGAUAGCUUCGGUUCCCCUGGCUAGGAAUCCUAGGAGCCAGAAGUCGGUGAGAGAGAUGCACGAGGUCGCAAGGCGGAAGGUUAAUAAAGAAAUAGCCCUCCAGCGCAUGGCUGGUCCUUUUGCGUCUCCGCCUUUUCCCAAUCUGCACCUCUCUCCCUUGGGAAUCGUCCCCAAGAAGGCUCCGGGUGAGUUUCGGCUCAUUCAUAAUUUGUCUCACCCUAGGGACACGUCCGUGAACGACGUGAUCCCUCCGGAGCUUUGUACGGUCAAAUACGCUUCUCUCGACCAGGCAAUUAAAAUGAUCAGAAAGUUUGGGCCGGGGGCCUUGUUGGCAAAAUGUGAUAUCGAAUCGGCUUUCCGAUUAUUACCAAUUCAUCCGCAUGAUUUUUGGUUGCUGGGCUUUCAGUUUGAAGGCGCCUAUUAUUUUGAUAAGGCCAUGCCAAUGGGCUGCUCCGUAGCCUGUGCGGCCUUCGAGUGCUUUAGUACGUUUUUGGAAUGGGCCCUUCGCACGAAGACCGGAUUAACGGGGGUCACUCAUUAUUUGGAUGAUUUUUUAAUGGUUUCUGCGGCCGAUACGGGUGACUGCGUCACCCUGCUACAGGCCUUUAACGACCUUACCAAUGAGCUGGGCGUGCCCCUCGCAGCGGAUAAGACUGAAGGCCCAGCUACCAGGCUCACGUACCUGGGUAUCCUUCUGGAUACCGUUAAUCAGACUUCCAGCUUACCUAUGGAGAAGAUCACCACGCUUCGACGGGUGAUAGAGGAAAUGCUGGUGCCGGAAAAAGUGACGCUUCGCCAGCUGCAAUCGUUGCUGGGUCACUUUAAUUUUGCCUGUAAAGUUGUGUCACCCGGUCGCCCCUUUUGUGCGCGUUUGAACAAACGCACCGUUGGCCUGCGUCAGCCUCAUCACCGGGUGCGCUUAUCGCAGGGUGAGAAGGCUGACAUGAGGAUGUGGCUGGUAUUCCUGGAGGAAUACAAUGGGGUAUCCUUGUGGCAGGAUGUUUUAAACCUGCACAACGAUUUCCAAGUGCACUCCGAUGCGGCGGGUUCCCUGGGAUUUGGUUUGUUUUGGAAUGGCAGGUGGUGCGCACAAAGAUGGCCCCCUGCUUGGCGGGACACUGAAAUCACGCGGGAUUUAACUUUUCUUGAGUUCUUUCCUAUAGCAGUUGCAGUCCAUAUUUGGGUUGACGACUUCAAGGACCGCCGCGUAUGCUUUUGGUCAGAUAACCAGGCUGUGGUGACUGUCCUUGCGAAACAAUCUUCUAAGUCAACUCGGGUAUCGGCUCUGCUGCGGGCAUUCGUGCUGCAGUGCCUGCGUUUUAACAUUAUUUUCUCUGCGCGUUUUGUCCCGGGCGUGGCCAACGAUAUAGCUGACGCUUUGUCACGAUUUCAGAUGGAGCGCUUCAGGUCCCUGGUUCCAGACGCACAACAUCAGCCGGAGAUUUUCCCGGAUCGUCUUUGGAACCUUGGCAGCUGCUAGUCUUGCAGGGAGUAGCUGCUUCUGUUUCCCCCUCUACCCUGCGGGCUUAUCAAAAAGCUUGGACUGACUUUUUAACUUUUCGCAGUCAGUCGCUCGCGGUGGAGGGAGCGGCCCGCCCCUCUUCUUCCCAGGUGCUUCAAUAUUUGGCACACCUGUUUCACCUGGGAAGGGCUGCCAGGACCAUAAAGCUCCAGUCUGCGGCCAUUUCAUUUUUCUCGAAAUUGUUUUUUAAUAGGGACCCUUGCGCCAAAUUUGUGGUGCGUAAGGCCAUGGAGGGAUGGGGUAGGCUUUGUCCUCCCCGUUCCCCUACCAGGAACCCGAUUUCUUUUGAUCUUCUCACUAAAAUGAGAUUGAAGCUUAGGGUGGUGUGUUGGUCUAAAUAUGAGGCCCGUUUGUUUUCGGCCGCCUUCUCAGUGGCCUUUUUUGGCGCUUUGAGAAUUGGUGAAAUUGUAGGGGGUCAGAUGCGUCAGGGGGUGCCAGGGGGUUUGCUACUCCAGGACAUACGUCUGUCACCAACGGAAUUGUUAAUCACGAUUCGGAGUUCCAAGACCGACCAGGCUGGUAAAGGAGCAGUAAUGCGACUGCCUGCUACGGGGCAGACGGGCCCCUGCCCGGUUAAGGACGUAGCCAAAUUCUUGGCGGAAAGGCCAGCUGGGGAGGGCCCCUUGUUUGUGCAUCAGGAUGGUAACCCGAUGACUAGGCUGCAAUUUACUAGAGUUAUGAGGAAGGUGAUAGCGGCAUGCGGUUGCGUGGCCGCUAAUUACGCUCCUCAUUCCUUUCGCAUUGGGGCCGCCACUACGGCGGCCCACUGGGGUCUUUCGGUUGAUGCUAUUAAGGAUUUGGGCAGGUGGAAAUCUGCAGCGUAUAGAUCUUAUGUUCGGAAGCGCUCCUAACUUUGUCGUUUGUUUUCCAAUGUUUUCCCAGGGCUCGCGGACGUGCACAUAUGGAUGGUGGGACAUUCCAUAGUCCAUUGGGCAGGCCUUCGCGCUGGCCAAACGCCAUUGGGUCCUCGACUUGGCCUUCCAUCCAACAUCCAAGUGACCUGGAUGGGCAAGAGGGGCAUGCGCUGGGGGGAGCUUCUCCCUUUGCUGCGGCGCAAAGCCCUCUUGCUCGGGUGCCCGUCCGCCCUGGUGAUCCAGCUGGGAGAAAAUGACAUCCCCGCUGUGGACCCGUUAUCUCUUCGCCUGGCUAUCCUACGAGAUUUGUUGGAGAUAAGGACUUGGUUCCCUGAUACCGUCGUUUUUUGGUCCCAAAUGUUGCAGAGGAUGCAAUGGCGGGGUGAUAUUCCUCCUCUGGCUGGGGAAAGAGCUAGGAAGAGGGUUAACAGCGCAGCAUCCAAACGGGUGUACGAAAUCGGGGGGAGUUUGAUUCGUCAUCCCGAAAUUAAUGUUAGAGCCCCGCUUUUAUAUCGGGAUGAUGGGGUUCACUUAUCCCCUGAUGGGUAUGAUAUUUGGCUGCGUGAUGUGUCUGAGGGUUUAAAAAGUUGGUUAGGUCUCUGAGUGUUGGCGGCAAGCCAGGGCUGGCUUGAUUGGCGGUUAGGCUUUUGGUUGGUUAAUCGGUUGGUAGAGGGGGUGGCACACGGAUGCCUACCCUCACCUCCGUUUGCUCCAUAUAGAAGUAUUCCGUUAAAGGAAUCUCAGGGCUUACACUCUUGUCCUUACCAUCCCGCCAUUGGCGGGAAUGGUGGGCCCAAUUUUAAGAGCAAGAGCCUUGAGGAACAUUCUUGGUGAAGGUGAGGAGGGAAUGACUGGGCGCAGCCACCUCCUCACUCCCAGGUAUGUUUACUUGACUUCCAUGCGGAAGUCGGAGCAGGAACUGUCCAAGCGGACAGUGGUGAGUCCUGUCCUAUGGUGACAGCUGAUGUGAGUCCUGCCACGUGGGCAGAUGAGGUGAGUCCUGUCCAAUGGUGACAGCUGAUGUGAGUCCUGCCACGUGGGGCAGAUGAGGUGAGUCCUGUCCUAAGGGGACAGCUGAUUGAGUCCUGUCCUGGAUGGACAGAUGGGGAUAGUCCUUCUUUAGGAAGGACGAGUGAAUAACCAAAAGCCUAAGCCAACACUCGGAUUAAAAUUGUGUAUUUAAUAAAGUUGUGGCCCUAAAUUAUUUGCCAAAAACCAAACCAUAAUUCUGUUGUCAGUUGUGAGUUAUUUAAGGUAAUUUUCUGGGAAGCCUCGACACACAAAGCGCUUUAUAUCAUCUAAUAUAAAGCGGAUUGUGGUAGGGCUGUUAAGAAAUUUAGCUUAGGGUUUGGUUUGUGUAAGGCCACAGCUCAUGCUGAGUAAUGGGGGGCGUGUGUAUGCAAAUUCCUUGGAUCUGAUUGGUUGUUGGGGCCCCUCUUAAAGCUGCGUCCACCAUUUUCUGGUCACAUUUUUGCCUGGCGUUUGAACCCCUCCCACCCGCCCUUUCUUUCUUGCAGGUUAGCACGACAUUGCUAUUGCCUUCGGGGCCGCCUGUAUUCAGGGGUCAGUAGGAAUUUUUCCAAUUGGCUGAUUGGCUGUGCCUCUUGGUUUUCGCCUACUGCGCUAGCAAAUUGUCACAACUUGUUAGGUUGGCGGUUAGGCUUUUGGUUGGUUAAUCGGUUGGUAGAGGGGGUGGCACACGGAUGCCUACCCUCACCUCCGUUUGCUCCAUAUAGAAGUAUUCCGUUAAAGGAAUCUCAGGGCUUACACUCUUGUCCUUACCAUCCCGCCAUUGGCGGGAAUGGUGGGCCCAAUUUUAAGAGCAAGAGCCUUGAGGAACAUUCUUGGUGAAGGUGAGGAGGGAAUGACUGGGCGCAGCCACCUCCUCACUCCCAGGUAUGUUUACUUGACUUCCAUGCGGAAGUCGGAGCAGGAACUGUCCAAGCGGACAGUGGUGAGUCCUGUCCUAUGGUGACAGCUGAUGUGAGUCCUGCCACGUGGGCAGAUGAGGUGAGUCCUGUCCAAUGGUGACAGCUGAUGUGAGUCCUGCCACGUGGGGCAGAUGAGGUGAGUCCUGUCCUAAGGGGACAGCUGAUUGAGUCCUGUCCUGGAUGGACAGAUGGGGAUAGUCCUUCUUUAGGAAGGACGAGUGAAUAACCAAAAGCCUAAGCCAACACUCGGAUUAAAAUUGUGUAUUUAAUAAAGUUGUGGCCCUAAAUUAUUUGCCAAAAACCAAACCAUAAUUCUGUUGUCAGUUGUGAGUUAUUUAAGGUAAUUUUCUGGGAAGCCUCGACACACAAUCACA